GACGACUUGAUGAGAACUAGAUUUUCCGCUUGUUAUAAAGUGGCUUGAUUGUAUUUGGCUGGCUACCUCGCUGGUCUGCUGACAAUAAAAGGCGAUCUGUCAAAAACAAUGAUCUGAUGCCGAAUAGAAAGGUCGCUAAAUCACGCCGGUGUGUUUCCCUGCUCCCGUUCUGAAGCCGCGUUCUGGAACGGCGGAGAAGCAUCCAGCGAGCUCAAGUGUUUUUUGUUGAACGGUGUUGGAAGUUCAGUCAUAAACGCAACUUGUGACGUCACAAGGCGUGAUUUUAAUUAUGCAUUGUUAUGGAAAUGUAAAACCGGGACUCACAUUAUUUAUCUAGACUUGUUUGUCUAACGUGAAUCAGUUUGUGUUUAGUCUGGCUUCUCCUGUGCGUCUAAACGGAAUCGCUGAAUUUUGGCGCUUUCAGUUAACUAAUCAACGCUUGAGAGCGGGAGGCGUCAGCGGGAGUGGCGGGUGAUUGAGCAUGGCGGAGGCCGUGGGCAGUGGCGAGCGUGAGCGCUGCGGGGUGCUCACCUGGGAGCAGGUGAGCCGUCUGGACCAGGUGCUGACGGAGGUGGUGGCGGUGCACGGGCGGGGCAACUUCCCCACGCUGUGGGUGUGUCUGAAGGACGUGGUGCGUAUGGUGCGGGCGCGGCUGCAGGCCGGGGGCGUCGCCGUCAGAGACGUGCGUCUGAACGGCUCCACCGCCAGCCACGUGCUGCUGGAGGACGAGGGGCGGAGCUACAAGGACCUGGACCUGAUCUUCCGCGUGGACCUCCCUCAGGGGGCGGGGUUUCACCAUCAGGAGGCGGGGUUCCAGCCUCAGGAGGCGGAGUUUCACCCUCAGGAGGCGGAGUUUCAUAAGCAGGAGGUGGAGUUUCACCCGCAGGAGGCGGGGUUUCACCCUCAGGAGGCGGAGUUUCAGAAGCAGGAGGUGGAGUUUCACCCGCAGGAGGCAGGGUUCCAGCCGCAGGAGGCGGAGUUUCACCCUCAGGAGGCGGGGUUUUACCCUCAGGAGGCGGGGUUUCACCCUCAGGAGGCGGGGUUUCACCCUCAGGAGGCGGGGUUUCACCCUCAGGAGGCGGGGUUUCACCCUCAGGAGGCGGGGUUCCAGCUGGUGCGGGAGGUGGUGCUCAGCUGCCUGCUGGACUUCCUGCCCAGCGGCGUGAACAAGGAGAAGAUGUCAGCGGCCACGCUGGGCGAGGCGUACGUGGAGAAGCUGGUGAAGGUGUCGAGCGACGGCGACUGCUGGAGCCUCAUCUCGCUGUGCAACCGGCACGGCCGCAACGUGGAGCUCAAGUUCGUGCAGCGGCUCCGCCGCCAGUUUGAGUUCAGCGUGGACUCCUUCCAGAUCGUGCUGGACCCCCUGCUGGAGGCGUACGAGCGGUGCGGCCGCCUCUCCCCGGCCGACCCUCUCCCCGCGGUGCCGGUGGAGAGCGUGUAUGGCGACCUGGCGGCGGCGCUGGGGCACCUGCGCGGCCGGCUGAUCGCCACGCGGCGGCCCGAGGAGAUCCGCGGCGGCGGGCUGCUGAAGUGCUGCAGCCUGCUGGCGCGCGGGUUUCGGCCCGCGGACGCGCGGGAGCUGCGCUCGCUGCAGCGCUACAUGUGCUCGCGCUUCUUCAUCGACUUCCCCGACGUGGGCGCGCAGCGGCGCACGCUGGAGGCCUACCUGCGCAGCCACUUCGCCGGCGAGGAGCCGCGCAGGUACGCCUACCUGAUGCUGCUGCGCCGCGUGGUGGACCAGAGCACCGUGUGCCUGAUGGGCCACGAGCGGCGCCAGACCCUCGCCCUCAUCUCCGCGCUGGCGCUGCGCGUGCUCGCCGAGCAGAACGCCAUCCCCGACGCCGCCAACGUCACCUGCUACUACCAGCCCGCCCCCUACGUGCAGGACAUCAACUUCUGCCCUUACUACUGCGGCCAGACCCUCCCAACAUGGCAACCCUGCAGCUGACCGACCUUCCCACCAUGGCAGCCCUGUAGCUGACCGACCUUCCCAACAUGGCCGCCCUGAGACUGAUAGACCUUCCCAACAUGGCCGCCCUGAGACUGAUAGACCCUCCCAACAUGGCCGACCUGAGACUGAUAGACCCUCCCAACAUGGCCAUGUAGAUAUGAAGGGCCGGCUUUAAUGAGAAUUAAAAUGUAGUUUUUCUCCUGCUUAUCUACAGAGAGGAGAUUGCUGGACCCUUUAAUCUUGUGUUGAGUUUUGUUUUUCACAUUUACAGAUGGGUCUGUUUAUACGCCUGGCUCUUGUUCUGUCAGGAUUUCUGUCAAUAAUUUUUCUGUGGGAUCCUUUUCCUUCUGAAACAUGAGGGAUUCAGGCAUGGGGGUGGGAUUAAGGUAUGUGGGAGGGAUUAAGGCAUGGGGGGGGGGGGCAGGGUUACAUCUGUCUGCACUAAAAAAUGAGGAGAACAAGCACAAAAAUAAGAAACAGAGAGAAAUGCAGUCUGUUUAGAGACAUUCAUGCUGCCAUUAGUACGUACUGCGGUGGUUAAAGGGUUAAAACAGGUGCAUACGCUGGUGAGUGGCUGAAGCUGUGAGAGGAUGAAGCUGUGAGAGGCUGAAGCUGAAUGAGAGGCUGAAGCUGUGAGAGGCUGAAGCUGAAUGAGAGCUGAAGCUGUGAGAGGCUGGAGCUGAAUGAGAUCUGAAGCUGUGAGAGGCUGGAGCUGAAUGAGAGCUGAAGCUGUGAGAGGCUGGAGCUGAAUGAGAGCUGAAGCUGUGAGAGGCUGAAGCUGUGAGAGGCUGAAGCUGUGAGAUGCUGGAGCUGAAUGAGAGCUGAAGCUGUGAGAGGCUGAAGCUGAAUGAGAGCUGAAGCUGUGAGAGGCUGGAGCUGUGAGAGGCUGAAGCUGUGAGAUGCUGAAGCUGUGAGAUGCUGAAGCUGAAUGAGAGCUGAAGCUGUGAGAGGCUGGAGCUGAAUGAGAGCUGAAGCUGUGAGAGGCUGAAGCUGUGAGAGGCUGAAGCUGAAUGAGAGCUGAAGCUGUUAGAUGCUGGAGCUGAAUGAGAGCUGAAGCUGUGAGAGGCUGAAGCUGUGCUUUAUUUCAGCUGAGCCGAGAGAAGCAGGCCUAGCUUAUGUGAGCAUGGGGCACAAUAGGACAGCUGCCUGUGCAGGGCAGGUACAGGGUGGGUACAGGGCGGGCAUAGGGCACUGGUACCUGUCCUCUGCAAGGGCGAUAUGAGGGGACGGGAGGGGUGCAUUCUGGCCCCAGGGCCCAGUGACUCCACACGUGUGGGUCAGAGGAGGCUGCUGGGAAAUUGAGUUCAGACCUGCUCCUGUGACGAAGUUCCGCAGACGCUUUAGAACAGUGGUGUCAAACUCGUGCCAUGGAGGGCCGUGUGUAUGCAGGUUUUCAUUCCAGCCUCAGAUCUUGAUUAUAUAAUUAGUUAAAUUAUUUGCUGAAUUAGGGAUGCAGGUUUGUGCACAAUGGUGACCCGACGUCUAUGGUGACCCGCAUUGUCUAAAUAAAAAUUCUUAUAUUCUGUGCUUCAAUGCAGUUAAACGCAUAUGGCUGAAUGAGUAAUUGGACUCAAUUAAGGCAGCAUUAAUUGGUUGGAAUGAAAACCUGCAUACACACGGCCCUCCAUGGCACGAGUUUGACACCACUGCUUUAGAAGCAUUUCUUUAUAUUCAGCUACGUGCUGCGUCAGACCAGAGCGAACAUUUUGGGCUAAACCUUUCUCCUUCGCUAUUUUUGGUGCCUUAAUUUGUCCCGUGUGGUUAUCAGGUAUGCAGACCGGUCACUCUAGUGCUUCUUUAUUUCUGUGGUAAGAGAAUCAGCGGAAGCUCUGGGUCAAAGGGCACUGCUGGUGAACAGGACCUGGAGUGCCUGGAGCUGCUGCCAGUUCUGAGGGCUGCGCAGCUCCGGUCCUGGGGGCUGUUCUGUGAGCGGGUUUUUGUUCCACCCUGGUUUUGGGUUUCUGACGGCUCUGCAACCUGCACGGCUUCACUUGAGCACACUAAACUCUUUAGGACACGCCUGCAGUCUGUGGCUGUAGCUGGUGCUUUUACAUGUAUCAGAUCACGAGGUGAUUGAGCUAAUUAAAUAAUUAAGAGCAGAAGUUGGCACAGAAUCCUGCAUGUGUAUGUGCGUUGUGUUGUGGUUCUCGUGUGUGUAUGAGUGUGCGCUGUAUGGUUCUGGUGUGUGUGUGUGCGCUGUGUUGUGUGUGUGUGUGAGUGUGCUGUGGGGUUUGUUGAUUUGCACACUGUGUGGUCUGUGCAGUUUUCCCUGUCUGGUUCUCCAGCGCUGUUCUGCAUUUCCUGACCUGGAUCAGGGGCCAGGUCAGAGCACAGCCACUGGAGAAACACAGCCUGCACAUGCAGCUCCCUGCGCUGCUUAAUCACAUGCAGGGCUUUCAGUGCUGUGAGUCUCUGUGUAAUGGUUGGCUCCUUCUCCAUUCAAGUUCUCCUUGAACGAACCAACGGUCUGUAAUUAAUUAAGCUUAAUUAGCUCAAUCCAUUAUUCUGGGCCUAAUCAAGGUGCUAAUGACUCUUAGUCAAUGCAGCUGAUUACUGCUCUUUAUUACUGACUUGCUGAAGGGGCUCAAGUAGACAGCAUGAGAUCACUGCAGUGCUGACACACGCACGCACGCACGUGCACAUGUACGAACACAUGCACACACAGACAAAUACAAGCACAAACACAUGCACAAACACACACACAUGCACUUGCACAUGUACACACACGCACACACACACGCACAAACACUUCCUGUAAUCAGGGCUGAACACUUCCUGUCUUUAAUCAGGGCUGAACACUUCCUGUCUUUAAUCAGGGCUGAACACUUCCUGUCUUUAAUCAGGGCUGAACACUUCCUGUCUUUAAUUGGGGCUAAACACUUCCUGUCAUUAAUUGGGGCUGAACACUUCCUGUACAGAUCAGUGAGGCCAGUGCUUACUGUUGGUUGCCCCUGUGGUCAGUUAGUGGUGCAUGUGUAUGCCUGUACAUAAUUUGCCAGAUUUAUGAGUGUUGGGACAAAAAUGGAAAAAUUGGAAAGCACUCAUAUCAAUGUGGCGGUACCAAUAUGUGAUGUGGGGGUGAUGGGUUUGGGCCAGAUGAGAAUGAUGUUUUUUUUUUUUUUUUUUUUUGUGUGUAGAGGUUGGGAAAACCAGCCUUCUGGGAAAUGGAGUUUGAUGCCACUGACUGGUAUGUUUAUUGUUUUUCAGAUAUGUGAAUUCCAUGUGACCUUCGUAGAAGUUUCUUCAGUGCACUUAUGCCCCCCCUCCCAAAGAAAAAGCUCUGUAUUUAUCUUGAGGCACGCACACACAAACAGUUGCAGUUUUCAAUUUCCACAUUUUUUUUUCAUGUGUGUAUGUGCGAGUGUAUGUUUCUGUGUGCUUGCGUAUGCAUGUGUGAGCAUGAGUGUGUGUGAGUGUAUGUCUGUCUGUCUGUGUGUGUGUGUGUGUGAGCGAGCAUGUGUCUAUGGUUGUGUUUGAAUACACGGAGUGCAUUUUCUUUUUUUCUGUUUUGUCUCCUCACUCCCAGGUGGUUGGUCAUGUGACAUCCUUGUGUGCCAUCCCUUUUUUCCCUUUCUGGUCUUUUUAAACUCACUUUAGGUCUGCAAGGAAACGAAUCAGGAACAAAUACGGAAUUAAUAAAGAAUUUGAACACA